AUGGCUCCUCUCACUCCUCUCACCAGAGUUCUGCCUAGUGCGGCAUCGCGGGCCACCAGCCUCCUCCGAACUAUCCAGUUCACUCAUCCUCCAAGCUGUCCCUGCCACUCCAAUCCCAACUAUCACAAGACUCCGACGAGUCUUACGCAGCGGAACUAUGAGAAGAACAGGCAGUAUGCCACUCCUGUAGACGGUGCGUUGGCCAAGGAGUAUGCCUUUGAGAUGGCGGCUUCUUCCAUCCGGUUCGGACCCGGCGUCACGCAGGAGGUCGGCAUGGACCUGAAGCACCUCGGCACCAAGAAGGUCUGUGUCGUCACGGAUCCUACAAUUGACAAGCUGUUCCCGAUGCAGCAGGUUAGGGAGAGUCUGGCCAGGGAGGGAGUCAACUAUGUUGUGUAUAACAACGUCUCCAUUGAGCCUAAAGACACCUCUGUAAAGGAGGCAAUUGCAUGGGCCAAAGCCCAAAACGUCGACUCCUUCCUCGCAGUCGGCGGCGGUUCCGUCAUUGACACUGCCAAGCUCAUGAACCUCUACACCACCUACGCCGACGCGCCCUUCCUCGACUUCGUCAAUGCACCUCUCGGCAACGGCCGCCCCGUGGACCGACCUCUCAAGCCGCUCAUCGCCGUGCCCACCACCGCCGGAACGGGUUCCGAAACCACCGGCACCGCCAUCUUCGACCUCACCACCCACCACGCCAAGACCGGCGUCGCCCACCGCAACCUCAAGCCGCUCCUCGGCAUCUGCGACCCCCUCAACAUGCGCACCAUGCCCAGCGCCGUCAAGGCCAGUUCCGGUCUAGACGUCCUCUGCCACGCGCUCGAGUCCUGGACUGCCAUUCCUUACACGGAGAGGAAGCCGAGGCCGGCGCAUCCGCUUCAGAGGCCAGCGUAUCAGGGUGCGAACCCCAUUAGUGAUGUGUUUUCGCUGCAUGCGUUGAAGAGGACGGUGAAGUAUUUGCCAAGGGCGGUGCAUAAUCCGGAUGAUUUGGAGGCGCAGAGCGAGAUGUUGCUUGCUGCUACGUUGGCGGGUAUUGGGUUUGGUAACGCCGGUGUCCAUCUCUGCCACGGCAUGUCCUACCCCAUCUCCGGAAGAAACCCAGGCUACCACCACAAGGGCUACGAGGUCAACAAGCCUCUAAUCCCCCACGGUGUCUCCGUCGCCGUCACAGCCCCCUCCGUCUUCCGCUUCACCGCGCCUUCCAACCCCGAGCGCCACCUUGCCGCGGCCGAGGCGUUCGGUGUCGACAUCACCAACGCUAAGCGCGAGGAUGCCGGCGAGAUCCUCUCGGACGCCAUUUCGCGCUUCCUCGAGGAGCUAGGCGACCAGCCUAAGGGCCUCAAGCCUCUGGGCUUCACCUCGAGCGAUAUCGAUGCGUUGGUGGAGGGAACGCUUCCUCAGCGUAGGGUAAUCGUUUUGGCGCCUGGUAUUGAGGGUGGAGAGAAUGAUAGGGAGGUUCUAACUCGGUUGUUUGAGCAUGCAUUGGAGAGGAAGUAG